UCUAUUUACGAUUUACCUGCGUGUACAACGGAAUGCGUGUGUAUCCACAGCUCAUUGGAAGUUUCUCAGCUGCGAGAAGGUGAGCAAGCGGAAAACCUGCUGGGGAAAGCACCAAAAGUUAGGGUGUCCUGUAAAUUUUCCGAUCGCUUGAGGCUGAGCGUAGGUAUGAUCUGUAUGGCUUGGUGGAUCUUGGUGGAUCAUGUUUUUCCAUGUCCAGCUGGCCUCUGUGGGCGGCGUUCAGGGAUUCUCCCAAUGGCCGGGAGUUCUAUGCACACAGUCCCCUACAAAAAUUGAAGUGGGAGAUCGGAAAGGAAUGCACCCAGGGAUUCGGAGGUCGAAAGAACAUCAAUGACACGUCGGUGCCCGCCAAAGUUGGACCAGGAAGUUAUAACAUCGUCGCCUCGGCAUCGAAAUCUCGAUCUCCCUUGGAUGGCCCUGAGUUUUGCAGAACCUCCCUGGGAAGGAAGCUGCCGAGUACUUUGGUUCCUGUUGAUAUGUGUUCACCUGGUCCACACCACAGCUAUGAGGUUCGAAAACCCUUAGACCACCACCGACCGCACUAUGGAAAGUCCCACGGUAGGGGUGGCAUCUUUGGCCAUGCGCCUUGGCUUAGGCCGUCUUUGGCAUAUGGAUAUCGCGCCCCAUUUCCUGAGGAUACGGAUGGGCCUGGAAUUGCCUACAGCCACAGCGAGACGAAAGGUAUGAGAAGGACUGUUUCAAGCCUGGAAGGUGGCAAGCGUUCCGUUAAGUGCACCUUCGGUUGUGCCGAACGCUUCGUGGCCAGCAAACAGACCAGCAGCCCUUGGGGCGACAUGUACUACGCUCAUUCCAAGCUCCUUGACUCGGAGGAUUACAUGUCAAUGAACCGCACCUGUGGCUUUGGUGGAGGCAACCGCACGGAUUUCUCGAACAUCUUCAAAGGUCACAAGAACGAAGUAUCUCCGGUGACCUAUAGGAGUCGCCAAGGACCGGGACCAGAUUUCUGGAUGGCCCGGGUGACGGACGCCCUGGUGAGGGAGCCGAGGGAGAAGCUGAAUAUGACCCAGGAGGACCUUCAGGAGGUGGUGUUUAUGCAUAUUCCUUACAACUUUGGCCAUACCAUUGAGAAGGUGGCCUUCCUUCCAGAAUUUCCAGAGUCCCAGGGUCCCCUGCGCAACUUGGCCUGGGACGAAGCCAUGGCGAUCGUCGAAAACGACAUGCUCACAGUGGAUGAGAGACUUGCAAUGCUGCAGACCAAGAUGGGUGUUGGCGGCCGCAUCUGGGGACGGAUGAAUCCUGCUCUGCAUCAGAUCUCCAGCGUCACGGGCUGUCCCUUGUACUUCACCCCAGGUAAAUAUUGGCCACAAGAUGUGGCUGAAGGGUAUUUUCAAGGACAGAGCUUUGGAAUGCUCCGCGACCCCUACGAACGUCUCGUUGCCCAGUUCCGUGGCGACUUCGACGCCUACGGAGGCGGCUGGGGCUGGCGACGCCUAGUCUGUGACGUGGACUCGGCGAUCAAGAAGAAGAUGGAGGACAUCAUCUCAGGCACGCUGAGCCUGUUUGCGGAAGAUUGCACCUUCGUUCCGCAGGCGGAGUUCUUUGAUGGACCCCAUGGCAUCAAGCAUCCCGUUGACAACCGUUACUUUGCGCUCUCAGCCAACGAAUUUCUGAAAGAUCAUGGUCAUGCGAGCAUGCACAUCGAUACCAGUGACAUCCUUCAUGUGGAGGGCUGCAAUCACGUUUGGGCUGGCGAUCUGAGCUGUGAAACUAAGGCAUUGGUACGUCAGGUCUACGCCAGAGAUUUUGAGCUUUUGUGCAGCCAUUUCGGUCAUUGCGAUGUGCAUGAGAACGUCUGCCUGGAGAUGGUGCCAGACAUGUGUCCUGGCAAUUUACCCGCGAAGCACUUGCAGGGCACCUACUGUGCUUGA